AUUGCCAAUAUCAUUCGGUCGCGUUCACUGCAGUCGUGCGAACGAUAAAAUAUGUUUUUUAUUUUCAAUAAUUCAAUGAAGUGCUUUGGACUUAUAUUCAUUUUAACAACUUUUACUUAUAUUUUAGCUGACAUACCAUGUGCAGAAAGACGUAUUCCUAAUGAAUCUGUAGUCUGUGUCUGCAACACAUCUUAUUGCGAUGAUAUUACAAGAGAAAUUCCUUUGAAAGGAGCUUUCGUAACUUAUACUUCGUCGAAGGAUGGAUUACGCUUCAAAAAAGAUCGUGGGACCUGGAAUGUUUCACACAUUGAAUCAUGCUGCUUAACAACAUUGGAAUUAUUCCCAACCAUAAAAUACCAGAUAGUUGAAGGUUUCGGAGGAGCGGUAACUGACUCUGCUGCAAUAAAUUGGAAAACUCUACCGCUUGAACUUCAGGAUUAUCUUAUCCGUUCUUACUUCAGUAAGAAUGGCCUCGAGUAUAACAUGCUCCGCGUACCCAUCGGUGGCACUGACUUCUCGACCCACGCAUAUGCUUACAACGAAUCGCCUGAAAACGACACGCAUCUAUCCAACUACAAACUUGCUCCAGAGGACACAUUAUAUAAAAUACCAAUGAUAAAAUCUAUCAUGCAAGUAGCAACGGCUCCCGUGCAUAUUGUCGCCACCACCUGGUCUCCGCCCCUCUGGAUGAAGACUCACCAGACUUAUGGAGGGUACAGCCGCCUCAAGCGUCAAUAUUACCAGACCUACGCGGACUACCACUUGAAAUUUAUUGAACAAUAUAAUCAAUCGGGCAUACCUGUUUGGGGGAUAACUACAACCAAUGAACCCAUUAAUGGUUUAUUUUCCUUGGCAUCAUUUAACUCUCUCGGAUGGGAUAUAACGGAAAUGGGUGAAUGGAUUUUGAACAACUUAGGACCAACAAUCCGCAAAUCGGCGUUUAAAGAUCUCAAACUAUUAGCUGGUGACGAUCAAAGAGCCACUAUACCGUACUGGUUCAAUGUGAUGUUUUCACGUUACCCAAAAGCAUUAGACUACAUCGAUGGUAUCGCAGUACACUACUACACUGACAAAUUUGUACCCGCCGCUGUAUUUAAGGCGGUGACGCUAACACAUCCUGAUAAAAUCAUUUUAUCUACAGAAGCUUGUGAAGGUAGCUUCCCGUGGCAAAAAGAAAAGGUAUUACUCGGUUCGUGGGACAGAGCGAAAUCAUACAUAGAAGACAUUUUAGAAGAUUUAAACUACAAUUUAGUUGGAUGGAUAGAUUGGAACUUGUGUCUAAAUAUGGGUGGAGGACCAAAUUGGGCUGCGAAUUACGUCGAUUCCCCUAUCAUCGUGGAUAAAGACAAACAGGAGUUUCUGAAACAACCUAUGUAUUACGCUAUGGGACAUUUCUCAAAAUUCAUACCACGUGACUCAAUAAGGAUCAAAGUUCUAGAGAAGAAGCACUUCUUUACUUCACACUUGCGUCAUGUGGCUUUUGUAACGCCAAAAAACACGAUCGUGGUUGUUGUAUACAAUGAUGGCCAAACUAGAUCCAUUCGUUUGAAAAAUAGAAACAAACAAGCGACGUUAAAUUUGAAAGCACACUCUGUAACUACUAUUGAAUUUCUUUAUGAAUAAAAUCACAAAGUAUAAAACAUUAAUUUUAAGUAGCUGUUCACAUAUUGCGAGGCGAACAGUGCUUAACUUUUAAUUUGUAUUGACUAAGCACAUACUAACUUUCAUUGACUGUAAGGUUUACGUAAUUUACGUAGUUUACCGCGGGUUGGCCUAAAUUAAUGUAUAUUAUUAUAAUUAAAUUCAUAGACUGUAUUAAGAUUUUUUUUUGUAAAUCUUUACAAAUAAAGCAAUAUGACUACGUUA